AUGUCUCGAGCCGGAAGUAUGUCCACUUCACCGUACAAUACCGAUGCCGGCGGGCUCGGAUUCGACCAUAGUCAAGGCCCUCCGAGGAAGAAGAUGCGCAAAGGAACAAAGAGUUGUUUGGAGUGUCGGCGGAGGAAGAUCAAGUGCACCUUCGAACCUGGGAGGCCUGCAAUAUGCAACGAGUGCUAUGCCAGAGGCUCGACCUGCAUUGAUCAAGAGCAUGGGGACAUCAACACAUACACCCAGACCAGUGCGGAGCAGUCGUCGUACAGUUUGAGGGAAAGAGUAUCCCAACUCGAAGAUCUAGUCAAACAGGUGCUCAACCGGUUACCGGAAAAGGAUGCGAGUGCCCAUGGUGACGCGUCCGCCAGAGAAUCUGACAAAAGCCAGCUUGAUGCCCAGGCGGCUGAAGUGUUGAAAAGCCUGAAGAGCUCAUUGCGACAGGAAAACUCCAGCACCGAAGAAUCCAUCGUUCUGCCCGGCGGUCUUCGAGAUGACGCCCCGGCCUUGACCCUGUUCGAUAAUGCCGUCCUCGAGCGAAAAGAGAACAAGCCCGUGGUGUCAAGAGCACAGUACAAUAAAACUAAAACGCUUCUAGCGGCCUUGAACAAGUUGCUUCCGACCGCGAGUGACCUGGAUGUUAUCCUGGAACAAUCUCACGAAUGGUGGACAAUAUGGAAGAAGAUGUUCCCCGAAAUUACUGACAGUCGAUGUGAGACCAUCAAAGAAUCGGUCUCCCACUCGUUACGGUCAGAGAAACCAGCGGAGUUGGCCAAGAUCAUGUUAUGUAUCGCCAUCAGCAUCCACCAACUACCGGGAAAUUUCAACUGGUCACGACUCCAAAUAAAAGAGGAGCCUGCUGAGCUGAUGGAACGAUAUAUUGCUACCGUCGACAAGUUGAUCACCUCUGAUGACGAGAUUGCAGCCACCCUUGAUGGUAUCGAGUGCAUGAUGCUUGAGGCCAAGUAUCAUGUUAACAUGGGCCGGCCGCGACGCGCGUGGCUGCUAUUCCAUCGAGCGCUCGCUUUUGCGCAACUAUUGGGCAUCCACAGGCUAGCCGCCCAGACAGACAAAAGCUCGCUGGAUUAUCAACGUUCAGUCAACAUUUGGUGUCAUCUUGUCCUGGGCGACAGAUAUCUGUCUCUACUUCUCGGUCUACCGUAUUCUGUCAGCGAAAGCUUUGUGACCCCUUAUAUCCCCACAUCCGGACCUCCACCCGCGUCGGUCAACGAUGGCGAGUUUUACACCGGGAGGAUGCUCCCUAUAAUCACCAAAAUGAUCGAUCGAAACCAGAGUGUGGUGCCGAUGGGAUACUCUGCGACGUUAAGGCUUGAUCAAGAACUGGAGGAGCUGCACAGUACCCAAGAUCCCAGGUGGUGGUCACCGGAGCUCAUUCCUGGUAGUUCCGUUGAGGAUCAUUUCGAUCGACUUCAAGCUCAAUUCUUCCAUUAUCAAGCCAAAGUCAUGCUGCAUAUGCCGUUCAUGUUACGAUCGUCUACCGACAAGAGAUACCAAUACUCUCAUGCGGCAGCUUUGGACGGUGCACGAGACAUGAUUCGAGUCUACAAGGCCCUCCGAACCAACAAGUCCGUGGGUCCGUUCAUUUGCAAAUUGGUCGAUUUUCAAUCUUUUACUGGUGCCAUGCUGCUGCUGCUGAACCUGUGCGGCUAUUCACAACAACACCGUGGCAACAACGCGCAGCAGACGGAUCUCGAGCAAGACCAGGAGGACUCGGAACUCAUCGACGAAACAAUAGCAUUACUGAAAGACGCGGCGAAAGAACCUGGUGGCGUUGUUGCAGCUCAAAGCGCUCAAGCACUAGAAAUGCUUGCUCGUGUCCGGCAGGGCUGCGAUGAGGAAGGCGGUAAAGAAUGCAGGGGGGAGACCUGUCAGGUAUCGAUCCCCUACUUUGGCACCAUUUCCAUUGGGACAGGCAAGCAUUUCGUCCCCAUUAAACCAGGGACAUACGUGCCACGCACACAGGAUGCGGUCCUAAACACGACAGUUUCGGCGGGCGGUGCGCCCACCAACACCGGAUUGCCAACUCCGCCAUCAGCGGCUUCAAAUAGCACUCAGCCGUCACCCUUGACGACGACGAUCGACCACCAGCACUCGCAGUACCCUCCAGCCCGCCGGAUGCCCGUUUACGAAUCAACGAACUACAUCGCUCCGGGGCUUGAUCAAACCUGGCCUGAGACAGCUGAUGAUCCGUUCGUUACAUUUGACUCGUUCAUGGCCUUUCCACCUCAGCCCCCUACAGACUUCCCCUCGGCCGGUGGCGUCAGUAUAUCCUCAGGCGGCUCGGGCUUCACUCCACAACCACCUCAAUCUCUGCAAAGUCAGAGUCCGUUCAACUCGAGCGCCACGCCACAGAAUGAUCUGAAUGCUUCGGUCGCUGCAGGCGGGCUGGGCGGGAUGGUGACUCCUGGGUUUCCAUUCGGUAGUUUUCCGUUCGGACAGAGCGGAGUGGACCUGGACCAAGGAUGGAACUGGUUUGGCGUUGACGCGCCUGUCAUCCAGUGA